AUGCAGAAGUGGGGGGGGGGGGACAAGGAAGCACCUACUCUCAAGCCACAGCAAGUGGUUAAGGAGCAUGUACCCCAGCUUCCUUUCCCCACUCGCCUACAUAAAGACAAGCUGGAGACUGAGUUUGCCAAGUUCAUGGCAAUGUUGAAGCAGGUCAACAUCAGUACGCCGUUCGUGGAGGCACUGUCGAAGAUGCCCAAGUAUGCCAAGUUCAUGAAAGACCUCCUCACCAACAAGAAGAAACUUGGGGAUCUUUCGACAGUGAUGCUGAGCGAGGUGUGUUCUGCUAUCCUGCAGAACAAGCUGCCCGAGAAGCGUAAAAACCCAGGGAGUUUCACUAUCCCUCUUGUUAUUUGCAGCAUGCAUGUAGGAAAGUCCUUGGCGGACCUAGGCACUAGCAUAAAUGUCAUGUCCUACAAAUUGUUUAAAAAGCUAGACCUAGGUGAACCUAGAGCUACUAGGAUGAGCAUUCAGUUAGCUGAUCAUUCCAUCGUGCAUCCUAGGGGUAUCAUUGAGGAUCUGCUUGUUAAUGUAGGUGCAUUCACAUAUCCUGUUGACUUUGUUAUUCUGGAUAUAAAUGAGGAUGUGGAUGUACCUUUGAUUUUGGGUAGAAUGUUUCUCGCCACCGCCAAGGCGCUUAUUGAUGUGCAUAGUGGUGAAUUGAUCCUGCGUGCUGGUGAUGAACAUGCUACUUUUUAUGUGUAUGAGAAUGGGAAACACUCCCAUUUGCAUGAUGAUGUAGAUUACUAUGAUAUGCUUGCUGAUUUUGAGACCGCACUCGCUAUAACAAGUGCGGGUACUAACGAUGCUCUUGAGCGUUGUAUUUUCCUAGGUGAGCAGGCAUCACAGGAGCCGCAGCUGGCAGAGCAGUUGGCCGCGCUGGAGAGUGGCCCCUUCCUGGAGGGCGACAGGCUGUUCAAACCGAUCUCAUCCUCACCCCGCAUCACUACCUCCUUGGUGGAACCACCAGAGCUAGAGCUAAAGCCCCUCCCUCCUCAUUUGGAGUAUGCAUUUCUCCAGGAGGGGAAUAAGCUUCCAGUCAUCAUCAGCUCGACCCUCACACCCGAGCAGAAGGACAGACUGGUGGCCUUGCUGAAGCUUCACGAGCGUGCUCUAGCGUGGAAGAUCACAGAUAUCUAG